AUGUUUCGAGUGUUACGCAGAAAGAGUGUAUUGGCACUUCUGUACAAAAGUGCUGUAUCCAGAGGUAUCUGGAAACGGCCCCUUUCUACUCCCCCUCCACCUCUUGCAAGUUGUUCGCCGGAGCAACUCCAAAUAUUGAACCAGGAGAGGGUGCGGGAUGAAGUAGAUGUGUGUAUAGUGGGAGGAGGCCCCGCGGGGCUAGCCACUGCAAUCAAGUUGAAGCAGCUAGAUAACCAAAAUGGACUGGGAGAUAUGCGUGUUGUUGUUUUGGAAAAAGCCGCCGACUUUGGUGGCCACACUGUUAGUGGAGCAGUAAUAGAACCACAAGCGUUUAGAGAGUUGUUCCCCGACUCUUCUGAUCAGGAGGAUAUCCCACUACCAGAGGAUCUUGUGACAAAAGUGACAUCUAACCAUAUGAAGUACCUCACGAAAAAGUCCACAUGGCUGUUGCCUGAACCGCCACAGCUAUCAAACAAGGGCAACUAUAUAGUCAGUUUGAACACUGUGGUAAAGUACUUGAGUGAGCAAGCAGAGGAGUUGGGGGUCGAGUUAUACUCCGGUGUUGCUGUUAGCGAGGUUCUCUACGAUAAAGAUGACACUUGUGUUAUUGGAGUCGCAACACAGGACAUGGGCAUAGACUCAAAGGGUAGACCCAAACCAUCAUUUGAGCGAGGGCUAGAGUUCACUGCACAAACAACUGUUUUUGCAGAAGGGUGCCAUGGAUCAUUGACAAAACAGUUGAUUAAACGGUUCAACUUGAGAAAGAACUCUGAUCCGCAAACGUAUGGAUUGGGGAUCAAAGAGGUAUGGGAGGUCAACCCUGAAAAGUUUAAAAAGGGCUAUGUUUCGCACACAUUGGGGUAUCCAUUGACCAAACAGUCGGCCAGCUAUGGCGGUGGGUUUAUGUACCAUUUCGGUAAUGGCCUUGUUGCAGUAGGGUUGGUUAUCGGAUUGGACUAUAAAAACCCAUACAUCUCCCCUUACUUUGAGUUUCAAAAGAUGAAACACCAUCCGUACUACUCCAAUGUGUUGACGGGCGGUAAAUGCAUAAGCUUUGCUGCACGUACCUUGGUGGAAGGAGGGAUCCAGUCGCUUCCCAAGUUGGAGUUCAAUGGUGGGCUUCUUGUUGGAGACGGUGCCGGGUUCUUGAAUGUGUGCAAGAUCAAAGGGACCCACACUGCAAUAAGGUCCGGCAUCAUUGCUGCUAAGUGUAUCUACAACAAAAAGCUGGAGCUGGAGCUUGAGUAUGAGUCUAAAGUAAAGAGAUCCUCCAUAUAUGAUGAGUUACACAGUGUGCGGAAUGUGCGGCCAAGCUUUAACUCCAAGCUUGGUGUUGUGGGUGGAAUGGCCUACUCUGGCUUUACCACCACCAUCAAGGGGAAAGAGCCAUGGACAUUGCAGUUUGGUCACGGCGAUGCUGCAGCAACACAAAAAGCUCAACACUAUGCUCCAAUCGAGUAUCCCAAACCAGACGGCGUCCUCUCGUACGAUAUUGCCACCUCGGUAAGUCGCACUGGUACCAUGCACAGAGAAAACCAGCCUAGCCAUUUGUAUGUGGAGAAUCUACAACAACAUGCGGAAAAGAGCUGGCCAGCAUACAAGGGGGUCGAGGAGAGGUUCUGUCCUGCGGGAGUUUACGAAUAUGUCGAGGACAAAUCAAACCCAUUAGGAGUUGAGUUUAGAAUCAACUCGCAAAACUGUAUCCAUUGCAAAACAUGCGACAUCAAAACUCCUACUCAGGAUAUUACGUGGAAGGUCCCCGAGGGGGGCGAUGGUCCAAACUAUUAUAUGACCUAA